UUGAACCACCCGUCAGCCCUGCAGGCGACACUUACAUAGACCACCCAACGUACGGAGACGUACAGCCGCUUGGCAAUCCUUACGGCACAAAUGCACCGUCCGGUCAAAGAGUGCUGACAUAAUCGUCACUUUCUUACACGUUUCCCGCCGGACCACCGUCAGAUUUCAUGCACAUGACGCGAACUGGCGUACAGUAUGGAAGGCUCGAUAACAGAGAUUACGAGGAAGAGAUAGAGCAGAUUAGACGCUAUGAAGAUUUCACGACCAUUGAUUGGAUUCAAGACUCGAUAGUAGAACGAAACCGACGCAUACGCAAUGCAAAGGAAGCACAGGCAGCCCACCGCGGUCCUCGCGGCGAAAUAACACCUGUAUGGGUUUGGGCUCAGUUCUGGAGGUUUCUGAGCGCUGGGGAACCUUGGCUUGUAAUAAGUCUAGUUGGCAUUUUCAUCGGCGUGAAUGCUGCUCUCAUAUCAAUCAUCACGGAAUGGCUUUCGGAUAUCAAAAUGGGAUACUGUACGGACGGCUGGUGGUUAAACCAGCAAUUUUGCUGCUGGGAAGUUGAAAGUGAUGAGGAGUUUUGCCCCUCAUGGCAUCUAUGGAGUACGGCGACUCCAGCACGAUGGAUAAUAUAUGUCAUUUUCGCGGCUAUAUUCUCAUUUGUGGCGGCUCACCUUGUUCGCAGCAUGGCAAAAUAUGCUGCUGGAUCUGGCAUUUCAGAAAUAAAAUGCAUUCUAGCCGGCUUCGUCAUGCAAGGGUUCCUCGGGUAUGCAACCUUCUUCAUAAAGAGCCUUACACUUCCUUUAGUGAUUGCUUCUGGGUUGUCUGUCGGUAAGGAAGGCCCUUCGGUGCACGUCGCGUGCUGCAUUGGAGCUAUCGUUGCAAGUUGGUUCCAGCGGUUUUCUCGAAGUCAAGGGAAAAUGCGAGAAAUCAUCACUGCCGCCAGUGCUGCAGGAGUUGCAGUUGCUUUCGGGUCACCAAUUGGCGGCGUUCUGUUUUCGAUUGAGGAGAUGAGCCAGAUGUUUCGCAUCAAAACUAUGUGGAGAAGUUUCGUGUGUGCAUUAGUGGCGACGUUUACGCUAUCUGUCAUGAAUCCGUUCAGAACGGGAAAACUUGUACUGUUCCAAGUAACCUAUAGCCGAGACUGGCAUUUCUUUGAGAUUAUCUUCUUUAUCAUACUUGGAAUAUUCGGUGGACUCUACGGCGCAUUUGUAGUCAAAUUUAACAUGCAGGUAGCUGCAUUUCGUCGAAAACAUCUCGCCACACAUGGCGUUGCAGAAGCUGUUAUUCUUGCGACUCUGACUGCGAUUAUCGGUUACUUCAAUCGUUUCAUGCGCAUUGACAUGACAGAAAUGAUGUCAAUUCUCUUUCGUGAGUGUGAAGGAGGCGGAGAUCACGAUAAUCUAUGCCAAAUGGCUGUUCAGUGGCCCAUGGCAAACUCUCUCCUUCUCGCUACUUUCAUACGCAUGGGUUUAGUCGUGAUUUCCUACGGGGCGAAGGUUCCCGCAGGUAUCUUCGUACCUUCAAUGGCUGUUGGAGCAACUUUUGGACGGAUGGUUGGCAUCAUGGUAAAGGCAAUGUAUCGUGCUUAUCCUCACUCAGGGAUCUUUGCGGUGUGCGACCCGGAUGCACCGUGUAUUACACCGGGUACUUACGCCUUUCUUGGUGCCGCGGCAGCCCUUAGCGGAGUCAUGAGGAUAACUGUGACUGUUGUCGUUAUCAUGUUCGAGCUCACCGGGGCAUUGACGUACAUCUUACCGACCAUGAUUGUCAUCCUGGUAACGAAGGCUGUCGGCGACUUCCUUGGGACUCGUGGCAUUGCGGACGAGGCAAUUCGAUUCAACGAUUAUCCGAUCCUUGAGAAGGAGGAACAUGGGUUCGACGUCUCAGUUUCGGAGGUCAUGAAGAAGGAUCUGGAUAUUCUGUUUGCAUCUGGGAUGCUUGUCUCUGACGUUGAGCGAUUGCUAGGAUCUACCAAUGUGAAAGGUUUUCCGAUAGUUGCUUCGGAAUCAUCUCGAACGCUUGCCGGGUACAUGGGCAGAACCGAGUUGCGAUAUGUACUAGACAAGGCCCAAGGCGUUGGGGGCAUAUCUCCGAACACGUCCUGCGCUUUUACUAGACAAGCAUCCGACCAAGAGGACUUUGUUUUAUCAGACAUGACUUCUGGAUCAGCUCUUGGUGUAGAGGAAGAGGUGGCAACAGAACUUAUAGAGACGAGUGCGACUAUCGACGUGCUUAAACUCUGGCCUUGGGUGAACCAGACACCCCUUACCGUAUCUCCACGGCUACCAUUGGAGAUAGUAACGCAAUUGUUCAAGAGAAUGGGUCCUCGGGUGAUACUUGUCGAGGAACACGGGUUGUUGAAAGGCCUGGUAACCGUUAAAGAUGUCCUGCGGUUCAACGCAACCGAGCAGCCUAUUGGAGACCGGAAUUGGGAUGCGGGUGAACUGGAAGGUAUUCUUGAUGUUAUGUGGAACUGGGCAGUAGGGAUUGCGGAAACUUCCAUGGAGUGGUAUCGACGUUUAAUACGUCGGUGAGGCUGCCAUGGGUUUUUCUACUCACUGUCUUAAUAGACCUAUGUACUCUCGCAUACUUCCCUGUCCUUGUAUCAGUCGAUAAAUGUGGAUGAAUACGGUGGGGUCGAGCUCAAGAACAUGCUGGUCCUCCCAAAUUGAAGUGAGGCCUAAAAGCAAUCCAUGUAAAUAUUUACUUAAUGUAGAUCUAGGCAUCCACAAUGAAACGAUCCGAGGCAGUUACGAACAGAAAAUAUGCUACCAAACGCGACAAGGAAGUCA